UAAUUACAACAGUUUGCCAAAAGAAGAAAAAAAAAAAAUACAACAGUGAACAGUUACCAUUGGUUACAGUUACAUUAAUUACUGGUGCAAACUGCAAACUGAAGGAUUUGAUAAAUUGAAAUACGAUAAUAAAAAAAGUUUAAUUGUAAAACGUAGUGUUAAAUUAUACAGCAGUCGAAGUAUCAAUGUUGACACCACGGUUCAAUCUAGCCAAUAGUAUUUAGCUAAACUUCUCUUGAUUUAUAAAUAUAAUCAACAAUAUAGAUUAUUUUUAUACAUUUUUUCUUUGAAAGAUAUAGUAAUGGUACCAGAUAACUUCAAAAAGUUUCUUCUGAAUAGAGUAACUGCAUCAAAGGAAGUUGUGGAUUUUUUGGAGAAUGCCAGAAAAACAGAAGAUGAUUUAUCAAAAUACUCAUUCCAUAAAGUGAUGAUACACAAUUGGAGCAGUUCCAAGGAACUUCUUUUUGAUUCGCUAAGCAAAUAUUUUGUAGUAUCCUUUAUUCCAAUUAAUUUUGUGACCAAAGAUGGCACAUCCACAUUUUAUACAAGUAGUUUAAAUUUCAUACUAAAAGUAAUUAUGUUUGAAUUUUUAUUUCUAUACAAUCGCAGUAUGUUAAACAUUGACAUUUUACUGUGUGACAAAACUUCACAUGAUUUAUUUGGAAGUCAUGAGUUAUCUGUUUUGGAUAUUAUUGGUAGGAUAGUCAACAGCAGAUUCACAUCUCACUUGGAGUUGGAUUUAUCUAACUUUAAAAAUGAUCCAGAGAUUAUAAAGUAUAAGAUUGAAUUCUACCAACUGUCAUUGUUAUCAAUUUUCAAAAUUUUGAUGGUGAGGUUGGGAGGAAACACUAGAUAUUUAAAUCUGAGUCAUAAUAAUUUAAGCAUAGUACCACUGACGAUAUUAAAUUUCUUUAUAAAAGGAGACCUUAUUGGAAUUGACCUCAGAAACAAUAAUAUAUCUUCAAUGGACCAUCUGCAUAGGGUAAGCAGUAAAAUUGUGAAACUUCAUCUUGAGUACAACCCUUUGUGCAAAAAUAAGGAUCCUAUUGACUACAUUAAGGAUAUCCUUCUAAAAUUCCCAAGACUAAAAGAACUGGAUGGUGUGCCACUAGACAAGUAUGGGGCCAUGGUGCCCUUCUACAAGUCAUACGUCGUGACCCCUGACAAGAAAACCCAGAAGUUUGUUGAACAAUUUGUUAACCUCUACUUCUCUCAUUAUGACUCAAGGCGAACUAAACUACUCAAUUUUUAUGGCGAAAAUGCACAGCUGACUAUUUCGACACCAACCGUUGAGGUUGAUGGAAGAAGCUUGGAUAGUAAACUGACUAACUUCUCAAGAAACGUUUUAAGUAUGAAUAAAAAUAAACGGAAUCACACCGAACGAUUAUACUCCACAAAUAAAGCUAUUGUCGCGCUGUUGAUAAAACUUCCACCCACGGUUCAUGAUACAAGUUCAUUCACUAUUGAUGUGGUGCAUAAUGAUGGUAAAUUAAUCAUACUUAUUAUAGGUGGAAUUUAUAAAGAGUUGGGUAAACAGAACAUGCAGACAUACCUUAGCUUCAGGAGAACCAUUUUCUUCGAGGCGACAGAUGACGACCAAUUCACGGAUUACUUUAUAACGCGGGAAAUGUUCACAACAUCGUGCGCCUCUGAAGAAAUGAAGCGAAAUACAUUUCUGCUUCCAAUUAGAAACCAAAGUCAGUUAACACUGAUAGACCCGGAUUGGCAGGAACAAAAUACAAUUUGCAAAGCAUUCUCCUACUAUACGCAACUGAAGAUAGAUGAAGUUGAAAGGCGUCUUAAUAACCAUGAUUGGGAUAUUCGCAUGGCGUUAAAGGAAUUUAUGAAUGACUUCAGAAAAAACUCAAUAAGUACGAGUUUGUUCGACACAGAAUCUGAUUAUGUAACUACCGAUCAAUUGAUGGAUGAAGUUGAUUAGAAUAAUAAGUGUAUAGUAAUAAUAAUAAGUAUAUAUUAAAAUUAUCAUGGAAUAGGUA